AUGAGUUCUGAUGCAAAAAUCGAAACCCAACCUGAACCUCAAAAUGGGGAGAUUGGCCUACGUCAUCUUGGAUUGGAGAGGCCCAAGAGGCAAAAACGACAUUGUCCGAGUACCAUUAUAACCAAUGAAGGCAAAGAACUCAACCGUGGACCUGUAACAACGGAGGAUCUCUUCAGCCAGCCCAGUGAUAAAAGCACACUCGAAAGUUCACCCUUGAGGGAAUCGGUCGAGGAAGAAGAAAAUCCAAAACCCAACAUUCCAAAGUUUCCCAUGUCAUUUGCUCUACCUGGAUUAGCAGCGGGACAACCGGAAUUACGGCCUUUGAACAAGAAGAAUUCGCACGAUAACUCUGGCACUGAAUCAGGGAGUGCGAAUGAACCACCCAAAAGAAAUCUGCGGCCAUUGCCGAAAGUGGAGCCCACUGAAAAAGCAGAUGAUGCUUCCCAAGGGAACGAAAAACCAAUUUGGUGUGUUCAAAGCAUGCUCAAACCCACUGUUCCCAUAAAACGUGUAGAAAAAAGGCGAGAGUCCAGUUCUUCUGAGGAAGAACAUACAGGCAAACAAAACCAGGAGAGGAGUUCAGAACAGGAAGCGACCUCGGUUGGAUCUGGGUUAGUGGCAAACAACCCCUUCGUGAGGACAGACAGGCAGUUUCAGAAAAAAGCUGCUGUACAAAAACCGCCACCGAUAUUUAGGAAGUCCGACCCAACAUGUGAGGAUGGUCCACCAGCCCAACCUGUUACUGCCUCAUCGAGCACAAAUAAUAGAGACAUAUCUUCGUCCUUACUAACAAACCGAAGCACAAGUCUCCCAGAAAGUUGUUCGGCUCAAAGACAAUUGCCGAAUAAAGUGCUGUCUGACGGGAAAGUGAGUCGUCUUUCAAGCACCGAACAGGAACCGCUUUCCAGAAAAACUGCAGAUUUGGGGAUGGAGAAAAACCAAAAUAUUAACGCUGCGGAUUCCACUCAAAACAUGAUGGUUCCCACGGAGAAACGGCAAAGCAAGAUGCCAACGACGAUCGAUUCGUUAAUUUCAAAUGAAAGGUCCACUUCUGAUUGUGAUAUUCAAUCAAACUCAUCAAAAGGAUCAACUGCUAAGGCUGAAGAUGUCACUAAUGCUGUCGUAGAACAAGGCAGAAAGUGCAGCAUGGAUUCGGGCAGCGAAACGUCAAGUGUAUCCACUAGUGAAAGCGAAUCAGAGGAAGAUACAGAGGAGAGUAAAUCAACUUCGAAGAAAAUAGAGGAUGGUAAGGAGUUUCUGAGAAGUGACUCAUGUCCCACUGAAAGCACAAAAUCUACCCAACCAUCACUUAAUCUACCAGAAGAAAACACAUUUACUAACACUGGGAAAACUAACAGAACCUCUAGCAGUUCAGAAAGCAUGUCUGAACAGAAAACAAAAACACCGCCAGCAACCACUGACCCUUCAUCUCAUGAACGACGCCCAGAGGGAAGGAACUAUGAACCGAGUGCAGAAACUUCCAAACCUGAAACGACUCCUGUGCCUGUUGGUGAUGACAGCCAAAAGCUAGCAACUGCUUCAAGUGACAGUGACUCUGAACUGCAAAUCCCAUCAAUUUCGGUUGAAAAACAAGAAAAAACUGAAAACCACCCUGAUCAAAUUGAGACACACAAGACACAACGUAAACUGCCUGAGUUGAGUUCCCGUCAGAACGCAAAAUGCAUUUCGAUGUCUGAGUACGCAACUCCUCUUGACGAAAGCAGGCUUAUGAACACCCACAUUUGGCAAAGAGUGGUCUGCAUUCAGGUCUUGCCGUAUUUGCCAUUCAAAUCCUAG